GCCAGGGUUGCUUUUGCAGAGAGAGGAGGACUGUGUUAAUGCAGAAUGUCAUCAUCUGAGGAGAGAACCACAAGUCCUGUUUUGCCAAAAGACUCUGACCGAGGCAGCUCUGUCUCUUCAGAUCUUCAGGAUGAAUAUGAAGAGCUGCUUCGUUAUGCUGUAGUGACGCCAAAGUUUGAACCAAGUACAUUGCGACAGUCCCAUCAUAUAGAAGUUCAUCAGAAGAUUCCAGGAAGAAGUCCAGUAAUGGAUGAACGCAGGCAAAGAACUGCAGCAGCAGGCCAGAGGAAGCCUGGAAGAAGUUCUGAUUUUGCAACAUCUACUCGGACAACGAGGAUAGAAGUUUCGACAUCUGUAAAGGAGCCAGUUCGUCAGGACAUGGAAGAAUUUUGCGCACUCCGUUCAGAAGAGACUUCUGAAGAAUCUUCAUCUAGUCAGAGAGAGCUCCAAGAGACGAAUGUGACAGAGUUAAGCCUUUCUGAUGAAAGAGUGACCCAAAUAGAGAGCAUACUUGAUCUCUGGAGCGGGAGCCUGAAGACAAAUGUCCUGACUGAACUGAGGAAAUGGAAGCUUCAUUUUAUUGAACAUCACAGGCUAGAAAUGAGCCAGGAGAGAGAGAAACAUGCGGCACAUGUGAGACAUCUGACAAAUCAGCUGGAGAACCUGAAGGAGCUGCUACAUACGUAUGAAAUUUCAAUAGGGAGAAAGGAUGAGGUCAUUGCCAGUUUGACACAUGCAAUUGAGAAACAAAAGGACAGGAUAGAAUUAAUGAAGAAAUUCAAUAAGUGGCGCCUUCAGCAUUUCAUGAGUAAACAAGAGGCCAGACACGAGGGAUAUGCAGAUCGACUGGCUAAUCGGCUUUAUGAAAUAGGUUUGUUGAAGAAAGCCUGGGGAAUUUGGCGCUCUGCUAGCCACACAAAGUGGAAAGAGACCGUGGAAAUGGCCUGUCAAUCGAGUGCUGAAUCUGUACGUGUUGAGCUAUCCAAUGACUAUGAAGCUAAAAUUCAAAUGUUAACUGCUGCAUUGGAGGAGGCAAGAAAUAACCUCCUAGAAAUCCAGAACAAAAGGCAGGAUUAUGAAGAUGCCAUGAAGAAGGCCUUCAUGCGUGGCGUCUGCGCGCUGAAUCUAGAAGCAAUGACCAUAUUUCAGGGCAAGGAGAUCAAAUUGGACCACGUGUUUGAUCUGUCAGAUAAGAGAGCAGAACCUGGUUCUGGUGGUGCUCCAGCAGUGAAACCCUCUCAGUCACAAUUUGAUCGUCCUUUACCUCCUCCACAGUCCUCCUUGCCACCACCACCUCCUCCACCACCACCACCAACAGCUUGUCCCACCUCUGUUCCUGCUGAGGAUCUGUUUUCUUCCCAUCAAAGCCAUGCAGUUACCUCUCACACCAGAUUAGACUCAGCCAGUGCAUUAAUAGGCCUCGGUGCGGCAGGAGCAGGCACUGCAACGGUCUCACAGCUGCCCUUGACGAGAGUUGUGACGUCAGCACAACAGAAGGCUGGAAGGACUAUCACUGCUAGGAUCACUGGGAGGUCUGAUUUUGGACCAAAGAAUCGAUAUAGUAAUAACUUAGCUGUAUUUGGAGUUUCGCCUCCCAUGAACUCUGUUGUUGUGGAAAAACAUCAUCCAGUAACUCAACAAACUAUAUCUCAAGCAACAGCGGCUAAGUAUCCUCGAACUUUGCACCAUUUCCCCAGCAGCGCCAGCACAAGGCCUCCAGGACACAGUGGGAAAACUCCUUCCCAGCCCCACAGCAUCAUCCAGUCAAUAAAGGUUGUUGACUAGAUUGACAGGUUGAAAUGCUUAUCUUUUACCUUAAGCAGGUGAAGAGGAUUUUCCAAGUUGCAGUUUAAAGUA